CCUUUUGUUUAAGUUUCGUUUUCCUUACCUCCGGAAUCACUUUUGUUUCCUUGUGAGUCGAUAAACUCGACUGAUUCACUUCAACAUGACGGAGGCGGCGAUCGUCAAGAAGAUCUGCGCUCAUAAUGGAUCUAUGAACUACGAUGCUUUGAUAUCAAUAUUCGGUCUGUACGAUGACGCCAUGGGCUCGGUGGUCGGCAGGAGCGAGUCGUGUGCGGUCGCGUUCGUGAACGGACAGAAGAAAGUGAUCGGCCGAACCAAAGUGCGCCUGUGUCGAGCACAAAACUGCACGGGCUGCUCCAAUCUGCACCUGUGCAAGUGGUUUCUGUUCGGUUCCUGCCGCUUCGACAAAGGAAGACGAGGAUGUCGUUUCAGUCAUGAUGUGGUCUCAGGUCAGAAUCUGUUAGUUUUGACGGCUCAUGGUCUGGACACACUGGAUGUAAAGGAGUUGUGUAUUCUGCUCAUGCAGAGCGAUCACUCACUCCUGCCAGCGGUGUGUCAUUCGUAUAACAACGGUACGGGGCCGUACGGCCGCUGUCAGGAUGCUGAGAACUGCAAGCGGCUCCACAUCUGUGAGAAAUAUCUGCGCGGCCCCUGCGACUGCACUCGCUCUCACGAUUUCUACGAGCCGCAUCCUCUGAAGACGCUGCAGGACAGAGGCGUCACCCCCGAGCUCAUGGGCAUCAUGAAGGAUCUGUACUCCAAUAUUGAAGUCCUGAGGCAUCUUUCCAAAGCAGCUUCAGCUCCAAACGCAGCCGGACCGAACGCCAAAAGAGGCCCGAACGCACAGAACCGGAGGCCGUCGACUGGUUUUAACGCAGGCAGAGGACAGGAGGCUCAGAGGACUCCACACUACAACACAGAGAAAACGGAGAUCUGCAUGUAUUUCAUCAAAGGACACUGCAAACAUGGUGGCUCGUGUAGGAGGGAGCAUUCCACUCUGCCCUAUAAGUGGGAAGUUAGGGAAGGAUCCGAAUGGAAGGCUCUUCCUGACAACGAGGCCAUCGAGAAAGAUUACUGCAAUCCUGCAAGAACAUGCAGCUCUGGAAUAAACCCGGUUCAUUUCGAUAUGAUGAGCCAAGGCUGUUACAGCGUGCGGCGUCUGUCGACGGUACCGUCGGUGCUCCAGCCCACCUUCAUCCUGACCACCGAGUGGAUCUGGUACUGGGAGGACGAGUUUGGGAACUGGAUUCAGUAUGCUACAGCGGACGGGGGUCACCACUUGUCCUCCAUCUCCAGCGCUGAACUCGAGCAGAAGUAUCAGGCCGAUAAUAACGCCGUGGUGGAGUUCACAGCCGGAUCGCAGACGUACGAGCUCAGCUUCACGGAUAUGAUCCAGACAAACAAACGCUACGCAACCAAAAAAGUCAUCAGACGUCGGCCCAAAUUUGUGUCGCCAGCUGAUGUUCAAACAAUCAAGACAACGAAAAGGAUGCCUAACAAUUUCAAGGCUCUGCCGGAUCACUGGGAUAAAGCUCUGACUCCUGAAACCGGAUAUAAGAGAGUGUCGCUGCAGAGCACAUCACCCGAAUACAUCAAAAUCAAAGAACUGUUCCAGCUCACCAUGGUCGGCUUUAAAAUCCUGAGGAUCGAGCGGAUCCAGAACAAAGCAUUAUGGGAAGUGUAUCAGUGGCAGAAGGACUAUAUGAAAAAGAAUAACGGAGGCAGAGACGUGCCCGAGAAACAGCUCUUCCACGGCACCGACAGCAAGCAUUUAGACGCCAUCUGCCAUAACAACUUCGACUGGAGGAUUUGUGGAACUCACGGCACGGCCUACGGAAAAGGUAGUUAUUUUGCCAGGGAUGCCAAAUACUCGCACAGCUACACCAAAGACUCGGGCACUCGUACCAUGUUUGUGUGUCGCAUCCUGGUCGGCGACUACACCAAAGGUGAAUCCAGCUUCCUGCGGCCUCCAUCCAAAGACGGCGGAGACACCAUCUUCUACAACAGCUGUGUGAAUGACGUCUACGAUCCGUCCAUAUUUGUAGUGUUUGAAAAGCACCAGAUCUAUCCUGAAUAUCUCAUCGAGUACAGAGACUCCAGCGGGUUUGAUGUACCAUCACAUUCUGUGGCGGCAAAACCAGCAGUGGCAGCGAGGAGACCCGUAGCUGUUUCUGCAACUCCCAUUCGCCCCUCCUAUAUCAGUCCCUACACAGCUGCAUCUUCUUCACACUCUUCCCCUUCAUAUACCUCCUCCUCCUCCUCCUCCUCAAACACCUCCUUCUAUAAACCCUCCUCAGCUGCAUCAUCCUCAUAUACUGCCUCCUAUAUUUCAUCCUUAAACACCUCCUCCACAAGCGCCUCUUCCUCCUCCUCAGCGUAUGCUCCUUCUCCUCCACGAUCCUCUUCCUCAUAUGGCUCAACUUCUCCAAAGCCUUCAAAGUCAGACAAUCAGUGCAUCAUUUCCUGACCGUGUGAUCAGGCACCAUGUGAUCACAUUGUUUGCUUUAGAGGAAGCCAGUACAAUGUUAAUAGUGAUAAUCAAGUUAUAAACGUUACACAGUAAUCACAAAUGGCAUAAAAAUGAUCUCAAGUCUUAAACUCUCAGGUUAAAGUCAUGAUGAAACAGUAGCAGCGACAGAUCCUUUCUUCUUUAUUCUGACGUACAUCCAAAUGUAACACAUUAUUGAAAAAGAAAUAAAAUGCAGGGCGGGGCUUGGUUCUGUGCAUCAGCUGUUGAUUGGAUGUUGAGAUGUGGGCGUGGCUCUCAAAAGUGUAUGCAGAUGAGCUUGAGCUUGCAGCUAAUGAAGUACCUGGAGGUUGUGGCAAAUAGCACUAAAAUUAAAUUUGCCACUUAUUAGAAUUGUAUUUCAGUAAUGUCUGCAGACUCUGCAGCUGCUUCUUACAGUAAUGCUAAUACAGUAAUUAUUGUUGUCCAGUGUGAAAAAAUGCCUUCUAGCCUCAAGUGUAACUGGAGAAGACUUGCAAAAUCAUGACCAAAAAAUAUAUAUAAAAUAUAUACUAAAAUACAUAACAUGCACUUGGAAAACAGUCAGGAUGAAUUUUUAUUUCAUGCCACCUUUAAUGGCAGUGUAUAAUUUGUCUUUACUUGAAUCUUUGUAAUAAUCUCAAUAUUUGAGAUACUUGUCACAAUAAAGCUUUCCAAUACACAACUUUAACAGAAUGAAGUAUUU